AUGAUUGUCUUUCUUCUCGAGGUCGUGCUUGGAUUUGUCGUUGGUGUCAUUUUGUCGUUGGUCAUUUCAUUUUUCUUGGUAUUCAAGAAGAAACCCAAAGCGACUCCGUUAGUACCAGAAGUCACACCACUCUCGUUUCCACCAACAAACCAGGCGCCCACAUUUCCCAAUAACUGGUUUGAGCAAGUCCCACUUGGUGAAGUGUCUUCCAUGUGUAUAAUACAGACUCAAAUAGAAGAGACUUCUGCUGUGAUAUCCACAGAGGGGAAACAUAUUAAUCUAGUUGUAACAAACCAAUUGUAUCAGAUACAAUUAAGUGAUGUUGAAAUAGAAAAUGUCAGCUUCUGUGGGAGGAAGUUGUCUAAAAAGAACUUUUUGCGAGUGAAGGGCAGCAAAAAGAUAUAUAAAAAUGAAAGUACUGUCCAAAUUCGGUUUAGGUAUGGCUACGAAGUUGAAUAUUGGUUCAAACUUUUCGAGGAAUUGGUGGAUAUGGCUCACAACAGAAGGGCACGAAAGAACACAGUCAACGGGUUGGGGAGAAAACAAUUCAGAGCCUUACAAGAACUUAUUUCUCUGAAAGGAACUGAACUUGAUCUUCGAGAAAAGCACUGGGCAAGCACAGUUAAUAUGAUCUUCCAAGUGUUUGCAUAUCCAUUUAUCAGUAAUGCUGAGCUAAACCAGAAAAUUAGAGACAAAUUUAAUGCAAUUCUCGAGAAGGAGGUAUGGAAGGGGUUGAAAGUGUCUGGGCUUCGGACGGGGAAGACCGCACCAUUCAUUAAAAAGCCAAAGAUUCAGUGCGAUGAUUCAUGUGGUGGUAUAUUAGUUGACGGAAAUAUUGAAUGUAUUGGGCCUUAUGGGGGUGGACUUUUGAUAGACUUGAACAUCUUUGGGAUCACGAUGUCUAUUAAUUUUGAUUUUAAUAAGAUAGAAGGUCAAGUCAGAGUUCAAAUGUUGCAAAUUCCGUCGAGCACGUUGUGGAUAUCAUUUCAUGAGUUGCCAACAUUUGAAUUAAACUAUGAAAUCAGAAUUGGACAAUAUGUGAUGGAAAAGAAUGAACUCUUUGACCAAUAUUUCUAUUUCGCUAUUUGCAAAAUUGUGUUGGACCAAUGCUACUUCCCAAAGAUGUUUCCAGUCUUAAUACCAAGCUUCUCAUUAGUCGAAUAUUUUACAAAAAGCGAGGAACUGUAUGAUUUGGGAAAAGAAGAGAAAGUUGAAAUUAAAAAGGACACUCAGCCCCCACCACUCCCUCAAAAAACAAAAAAUUUUGAAAAAGUCGAAGUUCAUUCAACUGAAGUCACAAGCGAAAAUAAAGAACUUCAAAAAGACGCGAUUACUAAUAGUGAUGUGAUCGAGAAUCACGAUAAUCAUCACGUUGACACUAUCGAAACAAAAGAAGAAGAACUCGUUCAACUCAGUAAUGAAGAAAAAGAGAAACAAAAAGUCGUUGAAUUAAAAACAGUCGACUCGCCAACAGAAGAAAAUGGCGACAAAAUAGAACAAGUCGAAACAAAGGAACAUGGUGGUGGAGAACUGUUACCAAUUUCACAAAAUGAACAAAUACAACAAAACACCCACAAGGAAAUUGAAAAAACACCGAUUUCAAACACACUCAUUAAAGAAGGGAAAGUCCGUUUACCACUAUGUCCUCCCCUUGAUAAAACAAUUGAGCCGUAUAAAGAAAACAUUGAACUCUUCUUUGAUACUACUAUGGCUCUUAGAUGUGUGGAGAGUUAUAAAAAUGCUCAAUUGACCUACUCACAACGACAGAAACCUACACUCCCAAAGAAGAUGAUACCCCCUCCAAAAGAACCACCAAUGCUCCCAAAAAAGAGUGAGGAGCUUGUCCGUUCACUUCAAAACCCUAAAUUGGAACCACCAAAAAGAUCACCACCAGCUCUCCCCAAAAAGAUGAACGAAAGCGAAUUCAAAGAAAGACCGCCUCUCCCCCCAAAAGAAAAGGAGAUGACUACAUCAACUAAACCAAAACCACCUUUACCACCAAAAAUACAAGAAAUGUUGUAA